AUGGCCACUGAGGACAUUGACUGGCUUGAUCUGCCUGGCAAGUGGACCUAUGGAGUUUGCGGUGACGGGAGAAUCUUCUUUAUCAAUGAUGAAACGAAAUCUACUUGCUGGACACAUCCAGGCACUGGCUAUCCUAUCCAGAGUGGGCACUUUACCUGGCCAGAUAUGCCUAGAGGCUGGGAGAUGGAUACCACCUUAAUGGGAGCUACUUUUUUCAUCAAGUAA